ACAUCAUCAUUACGUGCGUGACAGGAAGUGAAGCGACGACAACAAAACCGCGCUCAAACGGAAGCGUAUCGCCUUCCAUUCGGCUGCAUCAGAGAAACACGCAAUUUAUGUGGUGAAUCAGUAACAUCAGCUACACGACGACCGCAACGACGAAAGAGUGUGAAAAUGUCUGCAAGGACCUCAGCAAAGUACGUUGAGGAAAAGGACCGUAGACGUCGACGACUGGAACAUCUUUGGCUGCAGCCUUAUGUUGUGUUGCGCAGAGCAGACAUCAGUGAAGCUAUUCGUCCGAAGCGGCAGGAGCCAGAGUGCACUCGCAUUAAAGAGGAAGAUGUGGGCAAAGAGGUCCAUCACUUCAAUGAACAAAUGGAGCAGAAGUUUCUUUGCACCAUAAAAGAGGAGGAAGAGCCUGAGCGGCCUUGUAGUAAAGAGGAGGGAGAGGAGUCCUGCAACAUUAAAGAGGAGGAGGAGGAGGAGGAUACCUGCAAGAUGCCAUUGACUGGUGUUCCUGUGAAGAGUUUUGAUGAGGGUCAACAGGAGGUGAGCAAAGGGGCGGAGCCUCCAAGCUGCAGCUCAAGUCAAACAAUGACCAGAGAAGGUGAUGGAAAUUACUGUGGAGGAUCAGCUGAGUCUCAAAACAAACACAGGCAAUGUUCUCAGUGUGGGAAAUGUUGUGCUAAUAACAGUGUUUUGAAACAACACAUGAAAAUGCACACAAGAGAGAAAAAGUUUUCCGGUUCAGUAUGUGGCCAAAAAUUUGGUCAGAGAGGACAUUUAAAUGAGCACACAAGAAUCCACACUGGCGAGAAACCUUUUUCCUGCUCAGUUUGUGGCCAAAAAUUCUCUCUGAAGGGACACUUAAAAACUCAUAAAAGAAGUCACACUGGUGAGAAACCUUUUUCAUGCUCAGUUUGUGGCCAAAGAUUCUCUUCUAAGAACGUUUUAAAAAGCCACACAAGAAUCCACACUGGCGAGAAACCUUUUUCAUGUUCAGUUUGUGGCCAAAAAUUCUCUUGGAGGGAAAAUUUAAGUAGGCACACAAGAAUCCACACUGGCGAGAAACCUUUUUCCUGCUCAGUUUGUGGCCAAAAAUUCUCUCUGAAGGGACACUUAAAAACUCAUAAAAGAAGUCACACUGGUGAGAAACCUUUUUCAUGCUCAGUUUGUGGCCAAAGAUUUUCAGUGAAGGAAUACUUAAAAAGUCACACAAGAAUCCACACUGGCGAGAAACCUUUUUCAUGUUCAGUUUGUGGCCAAAAAUUCUCUUGGAGGCAAAAUUUAAGUAGGCACACAAGAAUCCACACUGGCGAGAAACCUUUUUCCUGCUCAGUUUGUGGCCAAAAAUUUUCAAUAAAGGGAACUCUGAAUUUGCAUUCAAAAAUCCACACUGGUGAGAAACCUUUUUCAUGCUCAGUUUGUGGCCAAAAAUUCUCUCAGGAGGGAAACUUGAAAACUCACACAAGAGUCCACACUGGCGAGAAACCUUUUUCAUGCUCAGUUUGUGGCCAAAGAUUCUCUCUGAAGGGGAACUUAAAAAGUCACUCAAGAGUCCACACUGGCGAGAAACUUUUUUCAUGCUCGGUUUGUGGCCAAAAAUUCUGUCAGAAGGAGAGCUUAAAAAGUCACACAAGAAUCCACACUGGCGAGAAACCUUUUUCAUGCUCAGUUUGUGGCCAAAGAUUCUCUUAUAAGAACGUCUUAAAAAGUCACACAAGAAUCCACACUGGUGAGAAACCUUUUUCAUGCUCAGUUUGUGGCCAAAGAUUUUCAGUGAAGGAAAACUUAAAAAGGCACACAAGAAUCCACACUGGCGAGAAACCUUUUUCAUGCUCAGUUUGUGACCGAAAGUUCUCUCAGAAGGGAUACUUAAAAAUUCACACAAGAAUCCACACUGGCGAGAAACCUUUUUCCUGCUGAGUUUGUGGCUAAGAAUUCUCACAAUCUAUGCUUAAUCAAGCACACAGUAGCCCACACCUAACUCUGUUGCCUGCUCAAUCUCUUGCCAAAGAGUCUCUAUUGAGAAUUCCGAGUGUGUUGGGGAGAUGAUCAAUGAUCCGUGAAGGUUUCACCUUUUUAAGCAGACUUCAUGAGUUUUUGCAUUGAUGAUGAUAUUGUUAACUGGCUUCUGGAGAUCUUUGUAGUUUUUAUUAUACAUAGUGUUAAUUUUGGUUUUGGUUGUGGUUUUUAACAGUAAAUACUAGGGGUGUAACGAUACAUCGAUACACAUCGAUUAAUCGAUAUAAUGCUCUACGAUUUAUUGGUAUCGAUGCUAAAGGUAAACAUCGAUUUAUAUCGCCGUGUUUGACCUCGGACAUUAGACGCGACUUUAUUUUGAAAUCCAGUUCAUUGUUGCUUGCUUCCUUUUUCCGGCGUUGUUGUGUUGUGAGCAGAGCACGCGCGUGAAAGGGGAGGGGACAACUAGUCCGCGGCUCCUGGGCUGGUGCUAUGGCUAGUGUCCAAAAAGACGAGGAAAUUUGCUCCCCUUUAGGCUUCAAGUCAUUCGUUUGGAAGCACCUUGGAUUCCAAAGAAAAGAUGGCUCAACGGCCAAGACACGUGCAGUUUGUAAAUCCUGCCAUGCGGUGAUCAAAUAUUCAGGGAGCACAAAUCUCGCCGCACAUUUAAAGAAAAAACACGACAUCAAAGUUCAGUGUUAAAGUAAGCAAUUUGUAUACUACAAUACUCUUGUAAUUUCCUAAAUAAAGAGUUUGCAGUGCCUUGUUGAUUUCGCGUAUGAAUUGUUAUAAAUCAGGAUAUUGUUAUAUAUUUUUUACUAAAAAAAAAAAAAUAUCGAUCGUAGAGCACUAUAUCGCGAUAUAUCGUGAAUGAAUCGCAGCAGGCUUUAAGAUAUCGGCAAAUAUCGUAUCGUAGUUCUUUAUAUCGAUAUUAUAUCGUAUCGUGACAAAACCCGCGAUUUACACCCCUAGUAAAUACAAUUAAUUCAUUUUUGAGGCAAGUUGCUUCGUUUUUAUCAGUGUAAACAUUGGGUUUAGUUUUGUUCAGCAUUUCAUGAUCACGUUUAGGAUUUUGCCCCAUAUUUGUCAAGACUUGUUAGGAAGACCAAUAAGAAGCAAGCAAGACAUUUUUUGUUCUUCUUCUUGCGCUUCAGCCCUGCGCUCUGCACCGGAAAAAGCUAACCAAUCAAAAAGGGGCCUGACAUGGCAUAUCUGAGCCGCACAAUGAUUUAAACUCUCCUCCAAAAGUGAGGCCAAUUCCUAUCAUUUUGCAGUAAAAAUAGUUGAAGCAAUUUGUGUAAGAAUCCUGUAUGACAAAAUAUGAAUGUGGAAUCAUGUGGAGAAGUAUUGAAUCAUAUGGGAUUAUGUGGUAUGAUAUUAAACGAUGACGACACGU